AUGGGGAAUCCAAUGAUCGGCGGUCAGCACUGGAUGGCAGUAUCAAACAAGCAUAAGGCUUACAGUGACCCUUUAAAUUUACCUCGUCCGCGCGUGAUUCCAAAAGAUUACAAAUCUUACAACGAAACAAUCAGUCUGAUAAUUUUUGAUCAAUCGUUUCAAUAUAGACAUGGAUCUUUAAACUUGGAUUACAGAAUAAUCGACGAAUACGAUACGAAUGAUGGGUUCUUUGUAAAAGUAUUUGGCCAGGGAGAAACCUUUUGGUGUCGUUUCAUAUCAUAUGAUCCAAACAGAAAUGCAUUAGUUUUAAGGGUUGAUCAAUUGCUCUGCCGGGAGCAUCCAUUCAAAUACGGGCAACUCAUCAUGGUCGAUGUCGGCUGCUGCGAGUUGUAA